GGAAGGUAAAGCACUAAAGCAAACAGCUUCAGCUAAGCAGCCAGUCACCUGCACUACAGCCUUUGUUCUUUCCUAUAUUUCGGCCAGCCCGACAACAGCAACACCCCAAACAUUUCCCAUUUUCGUCUCAAAUCAGUCCAACUCCAGUCCCCAAAGCAGAAAGGUGCGUGCUUCCGUCUGCUGUCUGCUGCUUUACUACUACUCCUCCUCCUCCUCCUCCUCCUCUCCCUUUCAUCCCCUCUCUCCCCCUCUUUAGUCUUUAAUUCCCCCCACCAACCCCAGAAUUCUUAGAGCUCGCAGGACCAUAACCCUCCCUCCCUCUCUCUCUCUCUCUCUUCUCUCCCCCUCCUUUGUGUCGGAUCUUGUUCUGCCGGCAGAUCGCAUGGCCGGGUACAAAGCUGAGGACGAGUACGACUACCUCUUCAAGCUGGUCCUGAUUGGGGACUCGGGUGUGGGGAAAUCCAACCUCCUCUCGAGGUUCACCAGGAACGAGUUCAACCUCGAGUCCAAGUCCACCAUCGGGGUCGAGUUCGCCACCAAGAGCUUGAACAUCGAUGGCAAGGUCAUCAAGGCUCAGAUUUGGGACACUGCUGGUCAAGAAAGGUACCGAGCCAUUACUAGUGCUUACUACCGAGGAGCCGUGGGCGCCCUGCUCGUUUAUGAUGUUACCCGACGCUCGACCUUUGAGAAUGUCGGUAGGUGGCUGAAGGAGCUGAGGGACCACACAGACCCCAACAUGGUAGUCAUGCUUAUUGGGAACAAAUCUGAUCUCCGCCACCUCGUGGCAGUCCCACUGGAGGAUGGGAAGACCUUUGCUGAGGCCGAGUCCCUCUACUUCAUGGAAACCUCUGCCCUCGAGGCUACUAACGUGGAAGCAGCCUUCGCUGAGGUCCUCACCCAGAUUUAUCGGAUUGUGAGCAGGAAAGCAGUCGAAGCGAGCGAUGACGGGAAUUCUUCAACAGUACCCACGAAGGGGCAGACCAUCAACGUUAAGGAAGAUGGAUCUGUUUUUAAGAAGAUCGGGUGCUGCUCGAGUUAAAAUGUGUAUUGUUGUGCCUUUGAUAUGAUUGUUGUUUUGCACUAUAAGCUCUCUGCUCUUUGUACAUUUUUAAGCUCGCUCAGAAGCUAGUUAGGAUGAAUAGACGGACCCAUAUUGGUCGAAAAAAGAUUGCGGGGCAGUUUGUCUAGAUGCAAAGUUUGUCCGAAUUGGACUGAAGCCUGUUUGACACCAUUCGGAAGUGAUCAUUGUUUAAAGAGACUUGAGUCCUGAGUUACUCUUA